CCUGGGCACUGGCUUGCCGAUGAGUGACGGCCAGCUGCCACCAGUGUGUCCGUGCUGGGGCGCGUCAAUUAUAGGCAGGACAAUGGCAGCCCGAAUUGUUCGCGAUGCCUUCCCACACAUGGACGAAGAUCUGUUCCAGUAUGUGGAAGGGGUGCUCGACUCGGGCGAGGAGUUUGAGUCCGGCGAUGACGUGUACGAGGCGAUCGGCGGCAUCGUAGAGCAGGUGGCCGGCGACGACAGCGAGCACGUGGUUUCGCCUGCUUUGUGA